AUGAAGGUCUGCACGUCCACGCUCCUAGCCGCCUGCCUGGCCAGCACGGCGCUCGCCUGGCCGAUGAGGCAGGCCACCCAGGCGCCGAGCGACCAGGAGGACAAGUACCAGACGGAGAAGCAAGACGCCGCGAUGCUCAACGCGCUCGUGAACCACAUGAAGGCCGGCCCGGGCCUCAACGCGACGGCACCAGCUGGAAACACCACGACGACGUCAGCAAGUGAGGGUAAGCCAGCCGGCGGCACGUUCAAGGAGACGACGCCGAACAGCAACGCGACCACGUUGCAGGUGCAGCCGUACAACUCGACGGCGGAUCCGGCCGGAGUGGCGAACCCGCAGCAGCAGAAGGGCCACGACGCCAAGGAGCAGUAUGCGAACGGCAUGGUGGGCAAGAUGGCUGCUGAGGCGCCGCAUGUGCACAAGGAGAUGAUGUCUGGCGCUCCGACACUGGAGACUAAGGCUUUGCAAGACGCUUCUGAUGAGCAGUGUGACUGCAAGAAGGAGGAGCGACGCGACGGUGGUGACAUGGUUAUGAUGGAUGAGUCAAACAUGGAUGCGGACAUGAACCCCGAAACGGAAACUUCGAAGCCCAUGACCGAUAUGAUGGGCGAGCAGGAGCAGAACGACAUGGACAAGCGCAUGGACUUUCCACAGGGCAUGGACAGCGACAUGCCUGAAGACGCCGACGAUGCCCCCAUCCUGGAGAAGCGCAUCGAGCACUCGGACGCGGAAAACAAGAUGACGGGCAACCACGACAUCGCGCACCAGAUGGCCUCCAUGUCCGACUCUCACGGCGCCAAGUCGAAGCCUUCUUCCCCUUCCAAUUCCUCCUCCUCCACCUCCUCCACCACCCAACAACAGGAGAAGCAGGCCAGCACGCCCACCACCCCUGACGACAAGAUGGCCUCGUCGGCAGCCGCUGCAGAAGCCCUACCCCGAGUCAUGCUGACCGCCCCGUCGUCCAAGAAGCCGCUCAGCAAGCGCGAGAUCGGCAUGCUGGAGCGCUUCGCCAGCUACGUCCGGGACCUGAUGGACGCGGGGGACGGCACGAGCGUGAAGCCGUCCAACAGCAGCGGCAGCGGCAUGGCGAGCAGGGCGGUGGCCAGCAACAACAGCAACUCGACCGUCACGGCGGAGGACGAGCGGAGCGAGAAGAUGGCGGAGAUUCGCGAGGCCAUUAGCGAGAAGAUGGCGCAGGGGCAGAACAUGCAAAAGGGUGACGAGCAGAAGGAGGAGAAGAGUAAGAUGGAGAGGAGAGACAUGUCCAAGGAUGGCAAGAUGAUGAUGACGGAGGGUGGAAAGGAUGCCAUGCCUGAAGGGAAGGCCAUGGACAGCGAGGCGAUGCAUGAGACCCGCGAUAUGAAGCCCGAUGAGAAGGCGUCGUCUGACGCGAUGGACAUGGAGGGUGGCAUGGCGGACAAGCACACCCCCAUGCCCAUGCACAUGCCCAACGACAAGAUGAGCCAGACGCACGGCAUGGACGAGAAGAUGAUGCCCGAGGCGAUGGACAUGCACAUGGAGUAA